AAACAGGAUUAAGAAGGGAUUACCCAAAACUUUGCCAGCUGAACAACUACUGCAUGGGUCAGGUUUCAUCAACAGUUUGGUAUAGAGCACCUUUAGUCCCUCUUAACAAACAAUCACAGAAUUUAACUAAAAAAACCUCAAUAAACUAAGAAAAGCUAAAUGAAUGAGGAUUGUUAAAUGCAAAGUUAAACACUAACAAUAUUAAUUAGAUGAAUGUUAUAAAUAUUAAACUGUUAUUACCUUAAAUUGUAUUAUAGCACAUUCCAUGUCAGGCUGUCAGUCAGAAUCAGACAAAAUUCUGAAACUUUACAGUUUUAGCCAUUUGCUUAAACACGACUGACAGAUGCUAAAACCAAAGGAACCCAACUUGAAGUUGUUGUGGCUCUGCCUUAAACAAAGUGUAACCAUACCUUAGACAAAAGUGCUGCUUUGCACUUUGGUUGCAAUUCUGCAAAACACUAGCUCCUUUCUACAACACACUUGCUCCUGCUCACAACACACUAUUUCAUACAUAAGACACUUUGUUCAAAAAGUAAAUCUCGCAGUACCAUUGGGAAAACACAGCUAUUCAAAAUACAAAACACAGUCUGUCAUUGAAAACAAUUAGACACACACCUGAAAACAAUUACUAACAAAACUGAACACCAAUCAGUCAGCUACAAAAAGGCCUUAGCUAAUCCAUUUUUGAGAACUUGCCAGCAUGGGGGGGGGGGGCUAGAGGCAGAGCAAGAGGAGGACGUGGACGAAGAGGCCGUGCAAGGACCAUAAUUUCUAAUGACAUUAGGGCAACUGUGGUGGACCAUGUCAUAAACCAUGGUCUGACCAUGAGGGAAGCUGGACAGAGAGUCCACCCCAAUCUUAGCUGUUUCACGGUCGCAUCCAUCAUAAGGACAUUCAGACAGGAAAACAGGUAUGUCUUCAAUUCCUCUACUACAGUAAUGUAGCUUGAGUAUCUACAGUACUGUCUCAUCUUACAUGUAUAUGUAACGUACAUGUACUGUUACACCAGUACUGUACUGAAGGGUGGCUCCUUGUGUUGUGACACAUAUAAUCAUGUCUUGAGAUGUUUUACAGUACUGUAAUACAAGUACAGUAAAUACAGUAAAAUACAGUUUGUAUAGUACUGAAAAAUAGAACAAAACGAUUCCAAAUACUGGAUGCAUUGUUUUCUACAGAAUGAUCAGAAGACCUACUGGCGGUGGACGUCAACACCUAUUUACUGAACAACAAGAACUUGCAUUAGUGGACAUGGUCAGGGCAAAUAAUGCGAUCCGUGUCCACCAGCUACAGAGUCACAUAAUUGCAGAUAGACAGAGUUUUGGCAACAUAAAUACAGUAUGCAUUACCACCAUUAGACACAUCUUGACAAAGCACCAUAUUACAAUGAAACAACUGUACAGGGUUCCAUUUCAAAGGAACAAUGCCAGAGUGAAGGAACUUCGACGUGAAUACGUACAGAGAAUGCUCGCCAUGGAUGGAGCUGCUCAGCCUCAUGAGUGUAUUUACAUCGAUGAGGCUGGAUUCAAUCUGACAAAAAACAGACGACGGGGGCGUAAUCUUAUUGGCCGAAGGGCAAUUGUGCUCGUCCCUGGGCAACGUGAAGGAAAUAUUACAUUGUGUGCUGCCAUUAGCCUUCAAGGGCUACUGCACCAUCAUGCCAAAUUGGGGCCCUACAAUUCACAGGAAAUACUCACAUUUCUUGAUGGUCUACAUGACAUCGUCAUACAGAAUAGACCAGAGCAGCCCAGGUUUGUUGUUGUGUGGCAUAAUGUUAGUUUCCACCAGGCUGCUCUGGUCCAAGACUGGUUUACUCAUCAUGAAGGAUUUGAAGUGGUGUACUUGCCCCCUUACUCCCCAUUUUUGAAUCCUAUGGAGGAGUUCUUUUCAGCAUGGAGAUGGCGCUUAUAUGACCGCCAACCCCACGCCCGAAUGCCACUUUCACAAGCAAUGGAACAGGCCUGCGGAGAUAUCGAAAUCGGGUCAAUUCAGGGAUAGAUUAGACACACAAGGGGAUUUUUCCCCCGAUGUUUAGCCAGAGGAGAUAUUGCUUGCAAUGUGGACGAGGUCCUGUGGCCCGACCCCGACAGACGGCAGGAUCCAUACAUGUAACUUCUUUUGUGUGAAGUUCAGUUUGUUUUAUUUUUGCUUUACAGUAACUGAAUUUCCUGUCAUAUGAAUUUCACUACUGUAAUGUAAUUGCAGUAAUGUUGAUUUCAGUAUUUUAUUUUUGGAAUUAUGAAAAACAUCUGGAAUUGUAACUGAAUAAAUACAGUACAAGUGAAAGACUCCAGUGUUUUAUUUAAAGUAGACUAGUGUGUUGCCGCAGAUAUGAGAGUGUAUUGACAUGUGGAACUGGGCAUCAUUUAGUCAUCAAAGUGAGGUUUUGACAAAGGAUUGUUCAGUUUUGAUGGCAGAGUUUGCAUCUGGCAUAGAUGUGAAUGGUUUAUUUCCCAGUGUUCUUCCGUACUUCCUUGAGUGUGGAGUUUUGGCACCAUGAGCCAAGUUUUGCAAAGUGUGUUCAAGCAAUGGACUAAAACUGUAAAAUGCCAUGCAUAUGUGCAUGCAGUGUUUCCUCUGUGUGUGUGUGUGUGUGUGUGUGUGUGUGUGUGUGUGUGUGUGUGUGUGUGUGUGUGUGUGUGUGUGUGUGUGUGUGUGUGUGUGUGUGUGUGUGUGUGUGUCAUCUACAUAUGUGGUACCUCAGGGAACUGUUCUUGGACCUGUUUCAUUUUCUCUACAAAUGCUCAACCUUGAUGCAGAGAUUCAAUAGUACAGUUUCUUCAUUACCCUUAUGCAUAAUGUUACUGCCGACUGAACGAAUAGGAAAAGCAUUCAUUGUUUUGCUGAAAUUAGAAACUGGAAGGAAUCAUACUUGUUAGCUGGAUCAGGUAAUUUUGUAAUUUCAAGUUCCCGGCAAGAUUAACCAGUCCUCUGAUUUCUGUCACUGUUUAAAUACUCUCGACAGAAAUUUAACCAGUAAUGAUUGUAAUAAAAAAUAAUAAUAUUUUUGAUUUUAGCUUGUCAAAACUCUGGAAACAGAUGCAAUAACAUGUUUGUGAACCAAAAUACGUCCUCUGCUAUUGAAUAUUCCAAUUUAAGAAUUGUUUGCUUCUGCCUGUUGUUUGCAUUUUGUUUGAUGCAAAAUAUGUUUCAAUUUUAAUUUUAAAAGUUUUUAGGUAAAGUUUUACAUAAAUGAGAUAUAUUUUCUCUCUGCCUUAACCUUCUGCCAUGUG